AGGAGAAACGAGGUAAACGACAACUAGUGUUGCUACUGUUUUUGUUACAGUUAAUGCGGACGUUAUUUCCCAGCGAUUGUAUAAAUAAGUAAAAAUUUUCUGCUGCAUCAUCAGAGCGGAUAUUCUUCCUAAGUCAGGUGGAAGCAGCAUCAGUGUGUUCGACAGCUAACAGCUCAUUGACUAGUUGCAGAGAGGUGUAGACUGAAACGAACAGCUGUGUGUUCAGAAACUGAAGUCUGCUAGAAGGAUCUGAGGGAUUAUGGCGGACCCUGCGCGGAUAAAAACGGAGGAUUCCCUUGAGAAAGAGGGUUUUACCAACGAGCAGCAUCUGAGGACGGACCAAACCGAACACGAACUUGUUCCGGAGACAUCUGCAGAUGACAACAAAGAGCCGUCCACGCAGGAUCAUUCCAAAGAUUUAAACACUGAAACUGAAGCAGCAGUAGCAGACGAUGAGGAAGAAGGAACUUCUGGUCAGCCUUCCUCUAAACGACUCAAGGUGGAGCCAGAAAAGAAAAAAGAGAAGCGCCACAAGGUUGAUGAGGAUGAAAUACAGAAGAUGCAGGUUUUGGUGUCAUCCUUUUCUGAAGAGCAGCUCAAUCGCUAUGAGAUGUACAGACGUUCUGCCUUCCCAAAGGCUGCCAUUAAGCGGCUGAUCCAGUCCAUAACUGGAUCCUCAGUUUCCCAGAAUGUGGUUAUUGCCAUGUCUGGAAUCGCCAAGGUUUUUGUCGGGGAGAUUGUUGAAGAAGCUCUUGAUGUUUGUGAGAAGUGGGGUGACACCCCACCACUUCAGCCUAAACACAUGAGGGAAGCAGUAAGGAGGCUGAAGAGUCGAGAUCAGAUUCCCAACACCAAGCACAAGAACAUCCUGUUUCACUGAACCGCUCGGGCUGCAGGAUGAACAAGGACAUUAGUGAUGUUAAAAACCGUUGCAUCACGUGUGGGAAAACCUGCUAUUGGAGCUCAUUUCCACACAGCAGUGACACACGCAGUGGCUGUUCAGCAUCGCUGAUGGAGCUCUGUGUCUAUUAAGUUAAAUAACAGACAAGACACAACUGGAAAGUUAUAGGUGGAAAUGGAAACAUGUAAAUACAAGUUUUAUACUUAGAUUUUUUUUUUAUGUGUCUUUAUUGUUUUGUGCUAAAUGCAGCCCCUGGCAAACAUUUUUAUGUCGACAUGUUACUACCACAAACUUAAAUUAAAAUUUUAUUGAGAUCUUGUGGUGGACCAAAACAUAAUAUGGGGUAUUUGUUGAGUGGAAAGAAAAUGAUUCAUACAUUUUUCUUUCACAAACAAAAAGCGUGUGCAUGCAUUUCACAUUUUGCCACAGAUUUUCAAUUGGAUCCAAGUCUGAACUUUGACUGGGCCAAUGUGACACAUGAAUAUGCCUCUAUCUAAACCAAGGACGGUGUCCUGCAUCUUUAAGAUGUGGCCUUGGUCCAAGCAUCCCCAUAGCAUGAUACUGCCACCGCCAUGUUUCACUGUUGGGGUCGUGUGUUCGGGAUCAUGUGCAGACUUAGUUGUCCUUCACAGAGUAUUUUUUGCAUUUGGGCCAAAAGAUUCGAUUUUUAUCGCAUCUGACCAGAGCACCUUCAUCAUGCUUGUUGUGUCCCCUACCUGGCCUGUGGCAAACACCGAACAGGACUUAUGGUUUUCUUCUUGGUACUCUUCUAUAAAAGACCAGCUUAUAAACUGCAUUUUUCUAAGGCUGAAUUAAAACUACACGUUUGUACACGAGUACUGCAAGAAAAGACAAAGAGAAAUAAAAAAUUUGUUCAUCAAUUUA